AACCUUAUAGGAGCCAACGCUGCUGCACCUCGUCGCAUUAACUGCAGCGCCGCAUGCUCUCAGCUUCACCUCGACAGCAACAAAAAGAAAAACACCAAAGAUGGGAAAAAUUAACGGAUGCCUCAAGUGCCUCUUUAUCUUCUUCAAUGUCAUCUAUGCGAUCCUUGGAUGUGUGCUCGUGUACGGCACAGCGAGGGCGACCAUCUACAGCCACCAGCUCUCAGCGGUUGGAGGUCCAGGCCUGGGAUGGGCCUGGGUGUUUGCCAUCGGCAUGCUUGGCAUCUCCUGCCUGGGAAUCUACGCCGCCUGCUCCGAGAAAGCCCUCAUGCUCAAAAUAUUUGCAGGUUUCAUGGGCGUCGGAAUGAUCAUCAUGCUGAUCUUUGGCAUUAUCAUGGCCGUCACAAGAAACAAGGUCCGAGACGCCUUCAUGACCCUCACAAGUGAGUACGUGAAGCCCAUACUGGAGGAUGAGGAAAUGAGGACGAUGCUCCAAGCGAUCCAAGAAGCUGUCCAGUGCUGUGGGGUGGCCAGCGCAGAGGACUGGGGCAACGAGAUCCCCGAAUCCUGUCGAUGCAGCAGGUCCUCCUACAGCAGUUAUGGUCUGGGAUAUGGACAAUGUAAAUCGAAACCACAGGGAUUCAAAGGUCCGGACAGCAUCCAUGCACAGACCUGCAGUGACUUCAUCUACAUGUACGUCGACCUGGCCUUCAAGGUGGCCCUGGGCUUCUUCUUCGGUUUCGCCGUCACCGCUCUGCUCGGCCUGCUGAUUUCCCUGCUGAUGAUCCACCAGGUCAAACGUCACGACGGCGCCGGAGGCUCGUCUCUCGCCAUGAAGGGCUACUGAAGGCCGCCUCCGACCUUCAACCUCUGCACUCCACGCACCACUUCUUCUUAUUUACCUUUUUGUUGUUUUUUAAAUGCCGUUUCUGCCAUUAAAGAGAGCGAGCGGAGACAACGCCACCGUGGGAAGAGAGGAAAACCUCCAGCUUUGUAUCGUGGAAAAUAUUGCUUAAAUAUCAAACAUCUAUUUUUUUGUAAAUCAAUAUAUCUCUUUUUUGUGUUAAUUGAUAUUUCCAUGUAUUGUACUCAUAAACACGUAUCGUAGACAUGAACUUUUUCUGACUGCAGCUCUGUUAACCCGAAGAGGCAAAUAAAAUCCACAUCGACAUUCCAAAAUAUCCCAAAUUAAAACUGUCAAUAAAAACUGCGACUCCAGAGAUUAAUUUGGUUCAGAAACAUCCAACAACUGGGGCUGAAACUCUCUGGAAGCUAACAGUGAUAAACUGAAAAUGCAAUUUUAGUUUAGCAACCGUUGUGUUUUGUUAUUCGUGACUAGAUUAAACCUCUUUCUUGACCAUACAAUAGCAACUUUAAGAUAGUAAAGUAGCUGACAGGCUAACUGUUAAUGCUCUUGGCAAGCAGGAACAUGCUAGUGCUAGUUCUUCUACCUAACGGUUUGGCUGCUAGCGUUAGCAAGUUAGCAAACUAGUUAAUUUCUUUGCUCCCUGGCCAGUAAUUCUGAAGAUGAUAAACAUUUACAAACCAUCCAUCUUUUGCAGAGCACUUUAUAUGCUAAUGCUAACAGCUAAUGUUAAACCAAAGUGGCUAGUGCAGCACAGCUAACAGGCUAAUAGGAUUUUAGAUUUCAGAGGGGACUAAAAGCUGCUGUAACAUUUACUUAUGGUGCCUGAAUUCUGUGUUUUUUCCCACAUAAAAUACAUAAAAUAAAAACCAUAAAUUGAUGCAAAAGGCACAAAUUAUCUUGAAAUUUGGUGUUUAUCGCUCAAGUUGUCCUGUUGAAGAACAUCCAAAUGAUCUUUAAGGUUUAUUAUGGGUCAAAAACCCAAAUUUAUGCACUAAGGGUCACCAAAACUGAACUGGAUGAUUAAAUUUCAUUACAAUUAAUUCAUCUUCUUGUAUUAAUUGCUGGUAAAUUAGUAACUACUUGUAAAGAAACAUUACUUGAGAACCUCUUCGGGUUAAAUUGAUCCAGUCAGAAGAGCAUUCAGCUUGUCGCCUGUCUGUGUGAUUGUAAAGAACAACGCAACAUGAUGAAUUCUGCAUAUUUUCCAAACCUGUGUAUGUCUACAUUGAGCACUUGAGGACUUAUAAUAUGAAGCCAAAGACAUUUUUGCUGACAGAAUAAACGGAAAAUCUGAAUGUGAACAAUUGAAAAGUCACCAAAAUGUUUGUUUUUACCACAGACUGUAUGUGAAAGAUGGAUGUAGCUUCUCGGUGUGAAAAAAAAACUAAAGCUUUAAAGCUGCAUUCUCUGUAAUGGCCAGCAGGGGGCCACUGCUAGAAAAGCAAUUGUACUGUAGUUCAUGAGAGGACGAGCCUCCUUCUCAGUUGAUUUAUUACCCCAGUAAACACUUUUCUGAUGAGUU